CCUAAAGAGAGAGAAUAUUUCAUUUAUUUUCUCCCCACUUAUCAUACGGAAUUAAAACCUUGUUAAACUGGGAUUUUCUUCAAUCUGAAUUCAACAGUAAAGCAGAUUUAAUCUCAGACUGAUUGUUCUUGUGGGACUAGUUUUAUUAUGAUCCUACUAGUUGUCUGGAUAUAAUACCAGUCUGUCUUUGAGAUGGGGUCCAGAACUCUGCUUCUUAUUCUGGGUCUUCAUUUCAGUCUACUGGGGAAUCUAGAGGCCAGAGAUUGCGGCCUGGGCUUCAUAUUCAAAACAAGAAAACAAUGUGUUGAUACAGAUGAGUGUAAAGAGUGGGACAGUGCCUCACCCUGUGGAAGUAAUACCACGUGUUACAACACACAGGGGAGCUUCUACUGUCAGUGUCUACCUGGGUUCAAAUCCACAACGACUGUCAACUUCACCUUUUCUGGACAGUGUACUGUACUGACCUGUGACCAGGUCAAAGCGGAUCAGACUCCUGGACAGACUGUCCCAGGUUUAGCUGGUCUCCUGUCCCUGAUGAGGAAAAGCUGUCUGGCGUUAAGUAACUCUGGGGACGCAGCCGGAGGGAGACUGUCUGGAGAGGUGUUACUGGAGAAUGUCUUCACAGAGAUAGACAGUCUCCUGUCUCAAGGUAUCCUAAGCAACAGCCGGGAGGUGAGUGGGUUGCUAGGCGCCGUGGAGGACACCUUGAUGCUCAUCGGGCCACAGCUCAGAGACACCCACACCACCAUGGAAACAGACCACACAGCGGCAGAGCUUGCAGUGAGGAGGGGACAGACUCCGCCCACUGGAUCAAUCAGCCUGGCCAAUGACAACGCUCGACUGGACACCAGCUGGGAGACAGCCACCGGCAACGGGACGUACCCAGGUUUCACUCUGGUUGGGUUGGUGUGUUACAAGACAGUGGAGACAUAUGUCAACAACUCCUUCCAGUACCUCACUGACACAAACACAGACACAGACACAGACACAGCAACAGCCACAGCAUCAAAGCCUAGCUACCAGAUCAGUUCCAAGGUGGUAACAGCUCUCGUCAGUAACCCAGCAACAGAACACCUCGCCCAGCCUGUAAUCCUCACCUUCAAACAUCUACAGGUGAGGGCGGAGUCAGCGGAGAUGAACUAUACCUGUGUGUUCUGGUCGGAGGGGCGUGUCCAUGAAGAGGGAGGGGCGUGGUCAAGGCGUGGCUGUGCCAAAGUCAUGUCUAACGCUACACACACCGUGUGUUCCUGUUCCCACCUGAGCAGCUUUGCUGUUCUCAUGGCCCUCUACCCUGUAAAGCACACCUUUGAGUUGCGUCUGUUGACGUGGCUGGGUCUGUCGGUGUCUGUGGUGUGUCUGUUGCUGUGCAUCCUGACUUUCUGGCUGUGUCGGUCCAUCCAGGGGACACGCACCACCAUCCACCUCCACCUCUGUGUCUGCCUCUUCAUCGCUGACCUCGUCUUCCUCAUCGGCAUCUCUCACACACAGAGCAAGGGAGGAUGUAGGGUUGUAGCCGGUCUCCUCCACCUGUUCUUCCUAGGAUCCUUUAGUUGGAUGUUGUUAGAGGGGGUUCAGCUCUACCUCAUGGUGGUCCUGGUCUUCAACACUACCAUAAGACCUCUGUACCUGUAUGCUGUGGGAUAUGGACUGCCACUGGUUGUUGUCAUCAUCUCUGCUAUCACCUACCCAGAUGGAUACGGUACCACACAGCACUGUUGGUUGUCUCUGGAGAGAGGAUUCAUCUGGAGUUUCUUCGGCCCAGUGUGCACCAUCAUCACUCUCAACGUUUUCUUCUUCAUCAUCACUGUCUGGAGGCUGGCCCAGAAGUUCUCUAGUCUCAACCCUGACCUCUCCAACCUACGCAAGAUCAAGGUGUUCACAGUGACAGCAGUGGCCCAGCUGUGUGUGUUGGGUACUAUGUGGAUAUUUGGAGUGUUCCAGUUCCAAGAGGCGGGGACAGUGGUCAUGACAUAUCUCUUCACUAUCCUCAACUCUCUACAGGGAGCCCUGCUGUUCAUCAUGCACUGCCUACUGAACAAAACGGUUAGAGAGGAGUAUUGCAAGCUGCUGUCCUGUAUCUGCACACCACAGAAGAAGAGAUACUCAGAGGUCAACACUACCAACCCUUCUUCCAGCCAAUCCCAGGGGUCAAGGAGCGCCACAAACAUGGGGGUGUCGCAGAUAUGAUGUCACCAAACCCCCACCACGCAUCUCUUUACCCCUCCUCCCAUGACAAAUGUUCCCACUAGAUGGCCAAACUGUAAAGUCAAAAUGGUCGAUCGUAAACAUUUAUGAAAACAAAGGUUUGCGUUUAGCGGUGUGGUUAAGAGACAUUGUAGAAAUGGGCAGUGUUUCUGACUUAGUAUCUUGGCCAGGUAGUGACAACCCAGAAACACUCAGCCCGAGGAUAGUACUGUUCAGGCCAGGUUAGUAGAACAUGUGUCCAACUAGCCCGCCGGAUAGUAAAAAUGUUAGUCCUCUAGCCAGGUUGGCCAGUGCCCAAAAUCCUUCAGUUACAUCCCUGAUUAGACAAUUCAUAUCAAACUUGAUGUUAACCUGUCUAGGAUCAGCGUGGCGCUAGCGGCACACCCCCCCCCCCCCCACUGAAAAACCAGUGCCGCGAAAUUCAAAAAAAAUAUUUUUUUAAAAUAUUUAACUUUCACACAUUAAAGUCCAAUACAGCUAAUGAAAGACACAGAUCUUGUGAAUCCAGUCAACAUUUCCGAUUUUUAAAAUGUUUUACAGGGAAGACACAACAUGUAAAGAUGUACAUCUAUUACCUAAAAACACAUUAGCAUAAUCCACCAUCUUUUAUUUGUCCACCAACACCAGUAGCCAUCACCAAUUCGGCUAAACUAAGAUAUUUAUAGCCCCUAACCAACAAAAAAACUCAUUAGAUGACAGUCUGAUAACAUAUUUAUGGUAUGGGAUAGGUUUUGUUAGAAAAAAGUGCAUAUUUCAGGUAGAUGGCAUAGUUUACAAUUGCACCCACCGUCACAAAUGGACUAGAAUAAUUACAAUGAGCAACGUGUUUACCUAACUACUAAUCAUCAAACAUUUCGUAAAAAUACACAGCAUACACGAAUCGAAAGAC